GUGAGUCUGUGAAAGUGUGAGCGACUGCGAGGCGCGAUCAAUUGGCAAACAACCGCAAGCGGAUCAACUGCUCUACACGCCACGCCACGCCACUCCGAAAAUCGCCUAAUAAAUACACAUAUAUUAAAGCGGGCUAGCCAGCAACAACACAAAAAAAACAUCCACAUCACGUGCAACAUGUCGCAUCAGUGCAGCUGCGGUCGCGACCUCAACAACAACUACGUCUCGUACACGAACGCCUACGCCAAUGCGAAUGCAUCUCUGGACCGCGAGGCGGCCACCAGCGGCAAGUCCGGCGGUCCGCCCCGCGCCCAGCUGACGGCCAAGGUGAUGUUCGGCACGGUGGGCGCCAUCAAGGAGCUGCGCGACAAGGAGCAGCAGCAACAGCAGCAGCGGCAGGCGGCACGAGCGGGCGAGCGGCGCAACUGAGAGGAGGCGCGCGGACGGGGGCGGGGCGGGACGGGGCGGGACGAACGGCCGCUGGAGCGGUCGAGUGCUGUGCUGUGGGUUGUCGGCGGGGGAUCUCUGGCUGAUCGGAGGAAGGAUAACACGGAGAUUUGGAUAAGACACAAAGAAAUCGCGCCACUUCAAGGAUCUAAAGAAUUCGCGUUCAGUGAGUGAGCGCGAUUGUAAAGAAUUCGCGCAACUCCCAAGAUUCCAAUGGGUAAUCCAAAUAGUUUCGAUUCGUUUGACCCAAAUGGUUGAUCCCUGGAUCACGUUAGAGGCUUCAAAGUGUUGGCAGGGGACAGGGCAAUCUGUGUAACGACAUUCCUUCUCAACAAUAACUAUCCAAAAAGAAAAAAAAACAAGGAAAACAACAGCAAAAAAAUUAAAAAAGAUAGAAAAAAGAAACCGAGUACAUCACAUAUUUAUACACAACAUUUUUUUUUGUCUGCCACACUAUCUCUAACUCUCUCCAUCUCCUGUAAGCUUCAGCAGAACUCUUUGAAUCAAUGUAAAUUGUUUAUUGCAUAUACAUAUUUAUAUACAUAUAUACACACAACAUAGUGCAAUACUUUAGCUAUACACGAAAACACAAAAAACACACACACGCCUAGCUGUAAGUUUGUUUUAUUUUGUAAGUGCACACGCAUACACACUCACUCAUCUUACAAUGUUGUUUAAAUUUGUUUUGUUGUUCACGGGCCCCGCGAUUUUUGGGCUGCGAGUGAGUAGUCUGGACACUUCCAGGUGCUUCCAGGUACUUCCAGGUGCCUCCAGAUGCUUCCAGGUGCAGCUCAAAACGCAGGGCACGUAGCCCACACACUACACACUACACACACACCCCCACACCAUGUAAACCAUAUAAACAUAACUAUGCCUAUGCGUAAUCCUUAAUACCUAUACCUAUACCUAUAUCUAUACUACUGUUACUACUCUAAUAAGCAUAUUGUAUGUGCCGCACGAGGAGAGGAAACUCAAAGCUGUGCCCCCAAAAUGGGUGGAUGGUGUUUGCUCAAGUGAUUCGUACUAAAAUGGCAACGAAAUGCGAUUAAUCGCAGUGUGAAGUGCUGUAAGUGGCGAAAUGAGAGAAUUUAGUUUAGAGAGCGGAGCAUCUACAAUAUAUUUAUUAUACCUAUGAAAUAAUAUUAAACUGUAUGUCUACUUGUACAUCUACAUCUACAUCUAUUUAUAGAGCUAAUCCCAACAAAGGCGAAUAAAAAUCGAACUUUUAAUAAAUAAAAAAUAAAAAGCUGA